UGGAACCAGUCCAACAUGUUGGACCUUCAUCCAAUCAGAGAAAAUGUCCUCAGAGCUGCUGCUGCUGUCUGUCCAACUCAUCCUGUCCUUUGUUGUCUCUCAGUCCCACAGGUGGAGGUGGAGGAGGGGGAGGAGUCUGUCCUGCUGCCCUGGAGAACCAGAGAGAACCUGCCUGGAGAUGCUAGAGUGGAGUGGAUGAGCAGGGUGGGCUGGAUAAGCCGGAUGGACAGGAGGGACAGGAAGGUCCAUGUGUUUGAGAACGGUUCUGAUCAGCCUGAAGAACAGGACCAGAUCUACAGAACCAGAACCAAGAUGAAUGAAGACCUGCUGAGAACUGGAGACCUCAGUCUGACUCUGAGAUACCCAACAGAUGGAGACAGUGGGACCUUCACCUGCAGCGUCUACAGCAAGGAGGGAAAUAUCCUGACGAGGAAACAAGUUCAUCUAAAGGUCAAAGUCCCACAGGUGGAGAUGGAGUCAGGAGAGAAGUCUGUCCUGCUGCCCUGCAGAACCAGAGAUAACCUGCCUGGAGAUGUUACAGUGGAGUGGAAGGAUGGAGAAAAUGAUACAGUCCAUGUUUAUAAGAAUGGUUCUGAUCAGCCUGAAGAACAGGAUGAGUUCUACAGAAAAAGAACCCAGAUGAAUGAAGACCCACUGAGAACUGGAAACCUCAGUCUGAUUCUGAAAUACCCAACAGAUAAAGACAGUAACAUCUUCACCUGCAGCGUCUACAGCAAAGAGGGAAACAUCCUGAUAAAGAAACAAGUUCAGCUAAAGGUCAAAGUCCAACAGGUGGAGGUGAAGGAGGGAGAGGAGUUUGUCCUGCUGCCCUGGAGAACCACAGAUAACCUGCCUGGAGAUGUUAGAGUGGAGUGGAAGGAUGCAGAUGGUUAUACAGUCCACGUGUUUGAUAACGGUUCUGAUCAGCCUGGAGAACAGGACCAGAUCUACAGAAGCAGAACCAAGAUGAAUGAAGACCUGCAGAGAACUGGAGACCUCAGUCUGACUCUGAGAUACCCAACAGUGAGAGACGGUAACAUCUACACGUGCAGCGUCAACAGCAAGGAGGGAAAGAUCCUGAUUAAAAAAGAUGUUCAUCUAAAGGUCAAAGUUCACAAAGUUCUUGUGGAGGUGGAGGAGGGGGCGGAGUCUGUCCUGCUGCCGUUCAAGACAACAUUACCUGAGGACCUGGAAGAGGUCACAGUGGAGUGGACAGACCGUAGAGACAGGAAGGUUCAUGUGUAUGAGACAGGUUCUGAUCAGCCUGGAGGUCAGUCCAAUGAAACCAGAACCAAGAUGAACAAAGAUGCUCUGAAAAUGGGAGACUUCAGUCUGAUUCUGAAGAAUCCAACAAUGGAGGACAGAGGAUUCAAAAACAGCUUCAGGCCAGAAGCAACCAGAGGACAUCAGAACCAGAACCACUAA